AGGCCGCGCGCGGGCAGGAGCAGGGCAUGCCGGGAGUUGUGGUCCCGGGGUGCUGAGGCUGUGGGACGUGUCGUGGCGCCGCGCCGGCUCCUCCUUCCCCUCCCUUCUCGGCGGUCCCCCGCCCCCUCCCUCCGUCUCCUCCUCCCUCACCCGCAGCCGAGCGCCCCCUCCCCCACCCGUCGGGCUCCUCGGCGGCUACUGCAGAGGAUUCAGAGCCGAGUCGCUGAGAAGGAGGAGGCUCCCGGUCCCUGCGCGCCAUCCGCCACCUUACUGGACACGGGCGAGGGAGCGAGAGCGUCGCCUCAGUAGCCUCCAGAGAAGACAAGGGCAUCGCCGCCUCAGCCGCCGCCGCCGCCGUUUUCGCCUACAGCGGCUCGUCGAUGGAGAAACAGGCUCAGAAAAGUUGAGGGACUUGACCAAAGUUACACAGCUGGAUCCUCAGUCUUCCACAAUGAACCCUGUUUACAGCCCCGUGCAGCCUGGGGCUCCUUAUGGCAACCCUAAAAACAUGGCCUAUACAGGUCUCUGGCUGCCAGGGAGAAGCUUGGGCCUUCACUGUCACCACAAGUGCUGUCACAAUUGUUACCCCACAGCCUACCCAGCAGCGGCGCCUGCCUACAAUCCCAGCCUGUACCCCACCAAUAGCCCCAGUUAUGCUCCAGAGUUUCAGUUCCUGCAUUCAGCUUAUGCAACUCUGCUGAUGAAACAGGCCUGGCCACAGAACUCGUCUUCCUGUGGCACUGAAGGCACCUUCCACCUCCCAGUGGACACCGGGACCGAGAACCGAACUUACCAAGCAUCCUCUGCGGCUUUCAGAUAUACUGCGGGGACUCCAUACAAGGUCCCACCAACCCAGAGUAAUACGGCUCCACCCCCCUACUCCCCAUCACCCAACCCCUAUCAGACGGCCAUGUAUCCAAUCAGAAGUGCCUAUCCCCAGCAGAAUCUGUAUGCCCAGGGAGCCUACUACACACAGCCGGUGUAUGCUGCCCAACCCCAUGUCAUCCACCACACCACCGUCGUCCAGCCCAACAGCAUUCCCUCUGCCAUCUACCCGGCACCUGUCGCUGCCCCCAGGACCAACGGUGUGGCCAUGGGCAUGGUGGCUGGCACCACCAUGGCGAUGUCAGCAGGUACCCUGCUGACUGCACCCCAGCACACCGCGAUUGGGGCACACCCUGUCUCCAUGCCAACAUACAGGGCCCAAGGGACCCCUGCGUACAGCUAUGUGCCCCCGCACUGGUAAAGCCUGCAGCCCAUGCAAAUCUGGAGUCACACAUUGUAUGCAACUACUCAAGUCUUACACAGGUGCUGGAGCAGUUCCCUACAGCACCACCUCUAUUUGCAAGAAGAGACAACGGAAGUGCAAGGGUCACUUUAUGCAUCUUAAUGGUUUUGGUUUUUAUUUUUGGUUUUUGUAAAAGCUGCUUUUUCUAAUCUCCUGCCUCUCCCUACUGUCCCUCUCUUAGCCACUGCCCUUCGGGCUCUACCCGCUCCUCUUACCUGACCAGGCACAUCCUCUCUGCUCUUCUUCUUUCCUUGCCCAAGCACCCAGUCCCUGGGGAUCCUAGUCUAGUGGCAGGCAGAGGGUGGGGUUUAUUGCAAUGGUUCAGCUGAAGGCACGAUUUCCUUUGAAGAGCAUAAGAGAUGUGGCCCUCGGGUCCAGGGUAAGAACUCAGAGCUGUUGAGCAGGCCACAACUCUGGGGGAUUGUUUCUUUUUUGAUUUUCUCAAGCAAGAUUAGUUUAGGACAUUACUAUGUCCUGACACAAAUGAAAUGUCUUCUGAGAACCAUUGCAACAGACCAAGAACAAAACCAUCUGAUUAGGUAGGAGUGUUCAUAGCAGCUUAAUACCCCAGGUGAGAACCUGGGAAAACCAGAUUCUUUCUUUGGGAAAACUUAGGGUGGGGCUAGGGGAGGGCACUGUGGGAAAGAAGAGGGAAGAGAGAAGAGAGAAGAGAGGUGCUUGCCUGCUGGCUUUGGUUUGUAAGGUCUCUGGCCAAAUUGUCUGCACCUGGACCCUCUGAUUUGCACAGUGAUGUUAACUGACCUGGCGCUUCCUCAGAAGGCGAUUUUGACCUCAGACCUGCCAAGCAGCUGCAAGGUGGUGGGAUCCCAGCCUCCCAAAGCCUUGGAAGGCCAGGUGCCCUGUGUAAUCCAGACCUUGGCCUCUGAGCCCUCAUGGACCCACUCUGAUGAGGAGCUUCCUCCUGAUUAGAAUGGGAACCUAUGGCAUUCUCUCCCUUCCCUCUGCCCUUCCCAGUGCCAGGGCUCACCCGUCUGUCCAUGGGGCAGGCAGGCAUCCCAAGCUCUUGGUUACCUUGUGCCAUUCAUGGCCAAAGUGAAGGAACCACAUUCCAGAUGGGUGCUGGCAGCUCUGAAGGUCAGGGUAGUGAAGGAAAAGCAAUAGCAAUAAACAUUUCAUAGACUCAUGGAACUGAAGGGACCUUAGCAAUCAUCUCAUCCAUUCCCCUAUUUGACAGAUGAGGAAGCUGAGGCCCAGAGAACAGGAAAGGACUUCCCUAGACCUCGCAGUAAAUUAGCAUUAAAUGCAGCCUUCCUACCUAGGGGCAUGUUGCCCAAAAUUUACAGAGGGAUGGAUCAGAUGGAUUGUCUUAGUUUUGUAAAAAUUAAGUCAGCAGCGCCCACACCUGGUGAGCUCUGGGCUUUUGUUUCUGCUCUUUUCCUCCACGGACUUCAAAGGCGGCGGUUGAAGACUGGGCAGAGGUCACUUGGGGGCAGAUGGCAGGAACAGAAAUUGCAAAUGAAGAAAUAGCAUUUGGAAGACAUCUGGAACUUUUGUCCUAUACCUGACUCCAGCCCUAGGAGAAGGAGCAGGUGGGCUGGCUAAAAAGGAGAGUAUCCAUGCUUUUAGGAUAGUAGCCCCUCAUCCUGAGAGGAGAGGAGGAUGAGGAUGAGGCCCAGGAGACAUGGGCUCUCCUGGGAGAAGGACCCCUGGGUCAGGAGGCCCCACUAGUCUCAGCCAGGAGCCGGGUUGCCCAGCACUGCCCCCCUGCACCCAGCACUUGGCUGGGCCAGCAGCCCCUCUGGGGGGGGUGCAGGAACAUUUUACUGUACAAAAUGAGAUCAUUGAUAAUAUUUUGGACUUUUAAAUAACUCUUUUUAUUUUAAAUUCGUGCAAACUUGGACAUACCCCUACCCCUACCUUCCCUGUCUCCCUAAAGGAGGAAAAAGUUAGGAAACCCUUGGGCCAGAAGGACCUCAGAGACUGGCUGGCUGUUCCCAGGAGGUCAAAGCCCAUCAGCAUCCUUGGCCCAGAGCCAGCAGUUGGGGGGCCCACGUUCUUGGCCUUCCAGGGAACUGCAAGACCAGUAAGGAGAAACCCAGCUGUUCUGAAUUGUCUGUUCUGGGGUGCUGAAGAGGUUUUGUUUUAAAACAACAGAAAGUUUUCCAGUGUUAAUUCAAUUUUUUGCAAAUACCUCCUCCUACUCUCUGGUUUAUAUAAGGGUGGGCGAAGGUUGUUUUAGAUUAUGUCAUAUGUGUUUGGAAAAUGCCAAAAUAAUAAUAAUGAAAAUAAUAAUAAUAGGAAUCCUUUGCAUUUGUCAGGUGCUUCGUAGAUUUCAGAGCACUUCACAGCCUUUAAUUUACUGGUUCUGAGAGGGAGACAGGGUCAGAGUUAUUACACCCAUUUGACAAAUGAGGAAACUGGUUCUAGAAGGAAGGGGAACUUGCCUAUAGUGAGGAGAAUGCUAGUGUCCUGACAGGCUUCCCUGAACCCUGCUGCCUCCAGGUGGGCUAGGGUAGAACCACAGAGAGGAGGGGAAGAGGAGGAGACCUAGGGCUGACCUUGUGACUUUUUUGUUCUUUCUACACCAGUAAGUAAAAACUAACAUCUAGUAUCUCACAGUUCACAAAGCAGUUUCACAUCCAUCCCUGGUUUAACCCUGUGAAAUAGAUUAUUCCUCCCAUUUGAUCCAUGAGGAAACUGAGACUCAGAAAAGCAAAGUGACUUGCUCCUAAGUGGCUGAGCCAUUUGAAUCCCAGUCCAUCUGCUGUCUCUUGCUGUCCAGUCUGACUCCACACACAGGCUCUUGGACUGAACUGUCUGUGCUCUGCACCCUCUCUUAGCCCUAGUAUGUCAUUCAAGAUCAAAGACAGGCCCCAAGGCAAAAACAAGGCCUGGAAAGGCUGUGGUCUCAAAGAACCCAGGCCCAGCACACUUUUUCAGUAUGAGCACCGGAGCCCCAGUUCAGCUGGCCUCAGCCUCUUGCUUUGAUGGAGAUCCACAAGCCUGGCCAAGCUUGGGGAGUCAUUGCAAAGGGACUGAGCCCAGGAGAGCGGGGGCAGUGGUGUGCCUCUGGUAGGAUGAGCACACCUGGUAGGAUCACUGCAUCUGUCAGGAGGUAUGAUGGGUAUCAUCCAAAGAUGCUGGAGGGCCCAGUGGUCAAGCUGGACAGAGGGUCAGAGCUGGGAGGGCCCUGUCAUUGUAGAGAGGACAAGGAGUGUGCCCACAUGACAUAGUGAGUGGCAGCACUGGCACCAGCAUGCAAACCCCUCUCUCUACCCCACUCCACUGCCUCUCCCCAGUACCACAGGCUUGGUGGCCAGGAUCAGGGGUACAAAUGGUUCCAAUCACCAGCCAACCCUCUUGGCUUCCCCCAAGUCUGCCUGACUCCCUUUGCUCGUUAGCCUGGGGCCUAGGAAGCUGGAGUCUGGAAGCUGGAGUGCCCUCAAGUGGUGAGAGCCUGAAACAAUCUUUCUACCAUGUUUUGAAAAUUAUUUAAUUUCUUCCCCAUGAGACAGGACAGUUGCUGCUGCUCCUCUCUCUCCUGGCAAUGACCCUAAAGUGCAUAUCUCCUUCCCUAAAUAUUGAACAAGAACACACACACCUGUCCAGAGUUUUUUUUGUGUACAAAGUACUUUGACAUUGAUUGCCAAAAUCCCCAUUUUAUAGAUGGAAAAAACU